AUGUCCGAGCAAACGACAUCCAACCAGGAAACCGUCGAUCCAGCCACGGAUAUGUGUAGCCCACAAAUUUGUCGUGAAAAGAGGAAUUCGAACGCGAAAAAGAAACAGAACGGGGACGACAAGGUUAUCAAGUUCCGCUGUGACUUUCCCUCGACGCAGGUUAAGGUGAUGCUGGCGAGAGGCUGGAUACAGGUCACCGAUCCUAACGACCUCGGCUGGCAUCUCUGGUGGUGCGAGACCAACGACGCUCGCCAGGUCCUGGAUUCGAAGCUCGCGCCACACCAAAAAAUCCCUCACUUCCGUAACCACUACGAGCUGACCCGCAAGAACUACCUCCACCGUAACCUGAAACGUUACAAGAAAUCGCUGCUGAAGUCGAACAAGACCGCGGAGGCCGAGUUCUGCGACUCGAUGCCGUUGACCUUCGAGCUGCCCAACGACUACAGGCUGUUCACCGAGGAGUAUCACAAGCAACCUGGAGCCACGUGGAUCGUGAAACCGGCUGGGAGAUCGCAGGGCCGAGGGAUCUUUCUGUUCAGGAAGCUGAAGGACCUGACCGAGUGGAGAACGAAAGAGUUCAACUUCCAGCAGCUGGAGACGCCUGUCGAGACGUUUAUCGUACAGAAAUAUGUGGAGAAUCCUUACCUACUGGCAGGGAGGAAGUUCGAUCUACGUAUUUACGGCCUGGUAACCUCGUUCCAUCCUUUGAAGGCCUGGCUGGCUAGAGAGGGAUUCGCGCGAUUAUCCACAGAGCUGUUCGAUCUGGAGAAUAUCGACGAUAGCAGGGUCCAUUUAACGAACAUUGCUAUACAGCUGAAGACCGACGGGAAUGAGAAAAAGGAGCUACAGAAAGGGUGCAAGUGGGCGUUGGUUAAAGUCAGGGAGUAUCUGACCGCUCGGCACGGGGUGGAAGCUAUUGAAACUCUGUUCCAACGAAUUGCGGGUGUGAUAAUGGCCAGUUUGCUGGCGGUACAACCGGUGAUAAUGCAAGGGAAGAACUCCUUCGAGUUGUACGGCUAUGAUAUAUUGCUCGACGAGGAUCUGAAACCGUGGUUGCUCGAGGUGAACGCGUCCCCGGCUUUAACCGGCACCGAUAGCGAGGAUUAUCGACUGAAGUUCGAUCUCAUCGACGACACCCUGAACGUUCUCGACAUCGAGGGUCGUUUCUCCGGCUGGGAGACCAGGAUCGGCGGUUUCGAUCUGCUGUGGAACGACGGCCCUGUGUGGACCACUUGUCCUAAUCCCUCGAUCUGCGGCGAACCGCCGAACGACCUCAGAAAACUCAACAUUUUCCUCGGCGCUCGUAACCAACGCGUCAAACAGUUACGUCAGCUACGGGAUUGUUUGCGCGAAAGACGCAAUAAAACGCGGAACGGUAGCUACAGAGGAGACUGGUAA